GGGGCCGGGGGCGGCUCUUCCUUCGCUUCCUCGCGGGCGGUGCUGGAACCUUCCAGACGCGGCGGUGGCGAUGGAGGCCGAGACGUGGACCAACAGCGUCAACCAGGCCAACAAGCUGGCGCUGCUCGCCUGGGCACGGGAGACCGGCAUCGACCUGGUGCAGGUCAACGGGCAGAGGCGCUACGGGGGCCCCCCCGCAGGGUGGGUUGGCGACCCGCCGCCGCCCGGCACGGAGGUGUUCAUCGGGAAGCUGCCGCAGGACGUGUACGAGGACGCGCUGAUCCCGCUGUUCCAGAGCGUGGGGAAGCUCUACGAGUUCCGCCUCAUGAUGACCUUCAGCGGGCUGAACCGCGGCUUCGCCUACGCCAAGUACAGCAGCCGGCGCGGCGCCAGGGACGCCGUGGCCUCCCUCAACAACUUCGAGGUGCGGGAGGGCUGCGCCAUCGUGGUGCGGCGCAGCACGGAGAAGCGCGAGCUGAGCGUGGACGGGCUGUGGGCCUGGCUGCGGCCGCGGGAGCUGGAGGCCGUGCUGCGCCGCGCCACGCCGGGCGUGCUGCGCCUGGCCCUGCACGCCAGCCCCGGCCGCCGCCGCACCCAGCUCGCCGUGGUCACGUACAGCUCGCACCACGCGGCCGCCAUGGCCAAGAAAACCCUGAUGGAAGGGAACACGCGGCUCGGUGGGGCAGAGAUGACGGUGGAGUGGCUGAACCCCAGCCUGAAGCAGAAGCUGCAGCUGUGUGAGGAGAAGCCGCUGCCGCCCGCCCAGGGGCAGGGGGACAAGCACCGGCGGGUCCCCGCGCUGGUGCCCCCGGUGCCAGGCAGCUCACGGCAGCCCCCCGGCGCCCUGGAGCAGCUGAACGCCCUGUGCCGCAGGCAGCACCUCGGCGCCCCCCUGUUCCUCACCAGGUGCCUGCAGGCACACCCCAACGGCUGGCUGCAGCUCUGGUGCCGGGUGGUGAUCCCGGGCUGCCCCGUGCCCUUCAGCAGCCUCACCUGGGUGCGGCAGGACGGCCCCGACGGGAGCUGGCACGAGGAGGCCAAGGCUGCCGUGGCACUGCAGGUCCUGCGGCUGCUGGGUGAGUCCCCUCGCCACGGCCGUGCCACCCCUGCACCACCCAGGGGCCUGGCAUGGGGAGCUGGCGAUGCCUGGGGCUGGAGCACCCUCUCUCCUGCCAGACCAGCCCCCCUGCAGCGGGAGCUGCGGCUGGAGGCUGCAGGGAGGCUGCUCGAGGCGUUCGUGUCCCCCGCAGGGUUCCUGCUGACGUAGGCGGCCGCUCUGCACGGACCACGAUGUGAACCUGAGCCACCAGCUGGGUGCCACCGGCCAUGGGAGCCCCCUGGGGGCCCUGCUCCUGUUACAGUUGUGCUUUCAGGUUGUUUGGGUUUGGUUUGAGGUGGUUCUGGAGGAAAGGGGCUGCUCUAGGCUGGGCUGUGGCAGCUGCCCUGUCCCUGCUCAGCCUCUGCAGACAGCUCUGGUUUUGGGGACUGUUGUUUUUGGGGGGUGUAGGUUUACCUGCCCAGUUUGUCUUCUUUUCAAUUGGUUUGUGUUGCUGUGCCGUGGCUCAGAGGCUCGCUGGAGGGGGUGGGAGAAGCAGCAGCUGCCUGUAGAGGCUGCCAGUGCCUGAGAGGGCUGCCUGAGCUCUCUGGGUGAUUCCUCCUGAGGAGCAGCCUCGGGUGAGGACGAGGCCAUGCACGGGCCUGUCCUGCUGAGCAGGGGAUGUGCUGUAGC